AUGGCUAUCGGGACGGCUGUAACCUGCGACCGGAGACAGGCGCGGCGGGGCUACCGGGACCAGGGCGAAGACACCUGGGCGCGGCAUUGCCAUGGGGCGCUCUUCUGGGACGAGCACCAGGAGGACAUCGCCGGCUACGACGCCCAAGCGGCGCAGCUGGAGCCGGCCAUGGGCUUCAGGCCAAAGCCUGCGGGCCUCACGAACCGGUGGCUGCGCACUCGGCGCAUGUGGCGGCACAUCGCGCGCCAAGCCGAGAACUACGACUGGUUCUUGGCCUUCGAUGAUGGCGGCUUCCCCAUCGUCGAGAACAUCCAGCGCCUGGUGUCCUCGCUUCCCAGCGAGCCUUUGGUGCUCUCGGACCAGAACAGGGCGGCAGCCUUUGGCUCGCUGAUGAACCGGGCGGCCCUGCUCGACCUGCAGGCGGCGUUGGAUGAGGAAACCGCCUGCCCGCAGCCGACGGAAAAGAAGCCCCUGGAGCGAUUGCAGGCCUGCGCGACCCUGUGGCGCUGCCGCUCGGAUCGCGCGGCGAGCCUGGCCUGGGACGCGGAGCCGGAGCUGCGGCAGCUGCUAGGCUGCCAGGGCCAAGCCGAGUCCGUGCUGAACUUGAAGUCCAGCUCGCAGCGGGACGUGUGCCGCUACGCGGUCUUCGCCUUCAUGGUGCCGGAUGCGUCGUGGAUGGCAGAUAUCCACGAGGCCAUCUAUGGCUCAGGAGAUCCAUCUGGCGCGGAGAAAGAGAAAAACGGCGCGGGCGGCCGGCGGCAGCUCGAGGCAGAUCCCAUGACCGUGGAGACUACAGCUGGGAGCCCUGAUCUGACCUCCGGCCUUGUCUUCUUCAAGGCCCUCACCCUGGAAGAGCAGGGCCCCUUCACCCAGAAACGGCGUCACGGGGCUGACUGGGUUCCGGAGGGAUCCGACUUGAAGGCCUCCAUGACCUCCAAGGUCAGGAGGGCACUCCUGGUGAAAGGCUGGGAGGGGGAGAGCUUGCAGCAGAUGUCGGACGCGGAGGACAUCAAGCUUGCAGAGGAGCAUCGCCGGCAACGAGCGGCCGCGAGCAUGCAGCUACCGGUUGAUGAAGCUGCCGAAGUGCAGCGAGCGCUGGUGGAGUCUUUGCAGGAGGCGCUCGAGAAGGCACACGGCUCGUGGGGCCCGGGCUUGUGUGUGGCGCUUUGCUUUGUCGAUGCUGCAGGUGCGAUCGUCGCCGCGGCCGUAGUCGCAAUCGCUGUUGCCCUCGCCACUGUCGAGAUCCUGGCGUCAGAGGAGGGCCUCUUUGUGAGCCAUCCCAACUCCCCCUCCUGGCUGGCCAACAUGCCGGCGCACGCCAAGGACGUCUUCUGCGUGAACAUGUUCUGCCUGGACCAGGCUUUCCAGACACAGGCCUUAGACUUUUUGCUGCCGGCCUUCUCCUUGUUCCCCGAGAAGGACUACUGCAUCGUCACGCAGCCCCACACUGCGCACAACACGCCCUUGCUGAACGCGUUCAGCAUCGUACCGCCCCAGCCGCAGAACACCUUCGGCCACGUGCUGUACCUGAUCCACCGCGCCUCGCUGAUGGGCCCCCCCAAGGUGACCUAUCUGAAGCCACAUUUGCUGGAGCAGCUGGACCCUCUCCUGGAGAUCUUUGAGUCACGUCAGGAGAUUGUCGCGCAGUGCAAGCGGUUCCUGCAGGAGUGGAGAAAGUGGGGCGAGCGAAGCGCCAGCGAAAUGGAAGUCUUCGUGGUAGAGUUCGACUCACAGGCAGUUGGUCUCAUCGUGCUCCAGCUGCCGUCCCCUGAUGCGGUGGAGAGGUUACGAUGCUGCUACCACCUGGACGACUACCUCUUGGUGGAGCACCACGAGACCGGGGGCUUCGCCAACAAGGGCCACGUGCGGCUGCUGCAUUGGGCGCUGAACCCGCUCUUCCAGAAGUACACCCGCCGGCUCCUGCAGGGCGCGCUGCGCAUCUGCGGCAAGACCGCGCUCUUCGCCAAAAGCCCAGCGGAGUCGGUCAAGACAUCCGAUGCCUUUGAAUGGAGUUGA